AUGACGGGCGGCGAGCGGGCCGCGUUGGCCCUGCGGUCCCGGGGGCGGCUGUGGCCGGUGCUGGCCGUGCUGGCGGCCGCCGUGGCGGGCUGUGCCCGGGCAGCCAUGGACGAGUGCACGGACGAGGGCGGGCGGCCGCAGCGCUGCAUGCCCGAGUUCGUCAACGCCGCCUUCAACGUGACCGUGGUGGCCACCAACACGUGUGGGACUCCGCCCGAGGAGUACUGUGUGCAGACCGGGGUGACCGGGGUCACCAAGUCCUGUCACCUGUGCGACGCCGGGCAGCCCCACCUGCAGCACGGGGCGGCUUUCCUGACCGACUACAACAACCAGGCCGACACCACCUGGUGGCAAAGCCAGACCAUGCUGGCCGGGGUGCAGUACCCCAACUCCAUCAACCUCACCCUGCACCUGGGAAAAGCUUUUGACAUCACUUACGUGCGUCUCAAGUUCCACACCAGCCGCCCAGAGAGCUUCGCCAUUUACAAGCGCACCCGGGAGGAUGGGCCCUGGAUUCCUUACCAGUACUACAGUGGUUCCUGUGAGAACACCUACUUGAAAGCCAGCCGUGGCUUCAUCAGGACAGGAGGGGAAGAGCAGCAAGCCUUGUGUACUGAUGAAUUCAGUGAUAUUUCUCCCCUCACUGGGGGCAACGUGGCCUUUUCAACCCUGGAAGGAAGGCCCAGUGCCUACAAUUUUGACAACAGCCCUGUGCUUCAGGAAUGGGUAACUGCUACUGACAUCAGAGUAACACUCAAUCGCCUAAACACUUUUGGAGACGAAGUGUUUAACGACCCUAAAGUUCUCAAGUCCUAUUAUUAUGCAAUCUCUGAUUUUGCUGUUGGCGGCAGGUGUAAAUGCAAUGGACAUGCCAGUGAGUGUGUGAAGAAUGAAUUUGACAAGCUGGUGUGUAAUUGCAAACAUAACACGUAUGGAGUGGACUGUGAAAAGUGCCUGCCUUUCUUCAACGACCGGCCGUGGCGAAGGGCAACGGCCGAAAGUGCCAGCGAAUGCCUGCCUUGUGAUUGCAAUGGCCGAUCUCAGGAAUGCUACUUUGACCCUGAACUGUACCGUUCCACUGGCCAUGGUGGCCACUGUACCAACUGCCGGGAUAACACAGAUGGUGCCAAUUGUGAGAGAUGUCGGGAGAACUUCUACCGCCUUGGGAACAAUGAGGCCUGCUCUCCCUGCCACUGUAGUCCUGUAGGUUCUCUUAGCACACAGUGUGACAGUUACGGCAGAUGUAGCUGUAAACCAGGAGUGAUGGGUGACAAGUGUGACCGUUGCCAGCCUGGAUUCCAUUCCCUUACUGAGGCAGGAUGCAGACCGUGCUCCUGCAACCCCGCUGGCAGCACAGAUGAGUGCAAUGUUGAAACAGGAAGAUGUGUUUGCAAAGACAACGUGGAAGGCUUCAACUGUGAGAGAUGCAAACCUGGAUUUUUUAAUCUGGAAUCAUCUAAUCCUAGGGGUUGCACACCUUGCUUCUGCUUUGGGCAUUCUUCUGUCUGUACAAAUGCAGUUGGCUACAGUGUUUAUGACAUAUCCUCUACCUUUCAAAUUGAUGAGGAUGGGUGGCAUGUGGAACAGAGAGACGGCUCAGAAGCGCCUCUGGACUGGUCCUCUGAGAGGCGGGAUAUCGCCGUGAUCUCAGAUAGCUACUUUCCUAGGUACUUCGUUGCCCCUGCAAAGUUCUUGGGCAACCAGGUAUUGAGUUAUGGGCAGAACCUCUCCUUCUCCUUCCGAGUGGACAGACGAGACACUCGCCUCUCUGCAGAAGACCUUGUGCUUGAAGGAGCUGGCUUGAGGGUGUCUGUACCCUUGAUUGCUCAGGGCAAUUCUUACCCAAGUGAGACCACUGUGAAGUACACUUUCAGGCUCCACGAAGCAACAGAUUACCCCUGGAGGCCCACUCUUUCCCCUUUUGAAUUUCAGAAGCUCCUCAACAACUUGACUUCCAUCAAGAUCCGUGGGACAUACAGUGAGAGAAGUGCUGGCUAUUUGGAUGACGUCACCCUGUCCAGUGCUCGUCCUGGGCCUGGGGUCCCUGCAACAUGGGUGGAGUCAUGCACAUGUCCAGUGGGGUAUGGAGGGCAGUUUUGUGAGACAUGCCUCUCAGGCUACAGAAGAGAAACGCCGAGUCUUGGACCAUAUAGUCCGUGUGUGCUUUGCACGUGCAAUGGGCACAGUGAGACCUGUGACCCUGAAACAGGGGUGUGUAACUGCAGAGACAAUACAGCUGGUCCCCACUGUGAGAAGUGUAGUGAUGGGUACUACGGAGAUUCGACCCUGGGCACCUCUUCUGAUUGCCAACCUUGUCCAUGUCCUGGGGGCUCAAGUUGUGCUGUUGUCCCCAAGACAAAGGAGGUGGUGUGUACCAAUUGUCCAACUGGCACCACUGGCAAGAGAUGUGAGCUCUGUGACGAUGGCUACUUUGGAGACCCCCUGGGCAGCCACGGGCCUGUGAGGCUGUGCCGCCUGUGCCAGUGCAAUGACAACAUCGAUCCCAAUGCGGUUGGCAAUUGCAAUCGCUUGACAGGAGAGUGCCUGAAGUGCAUCUACAACACCGCUGGCUUCUAUUGUGACCGCUGCAAAGAUGGAUUCUUUGGAAAUCCGCUGGCUCCUAAUCCAGCAGACAAAUGCAAAGCUUGCAAUUGCAAUCCCUAUGGAACCGUGAAGCAGCAGAGUGGCUGUAACCCUGUGACCGGGCAGUGUGAGUGUCUGCCACAUGUGGCGGGCCGGGACUGUGGUGCAUGUGAGCCGGGCUUCUACAACCUGCAGAGCGGCCGAGGCUGUGAGAGGUGUGACUGCCAUGCUCUGGGUUCCACAAAUGGGCAGUGUGACAUCCGCACUGGCCAGUGUGAGUGCCAGCCUGGCAUCACUGGUCAGCACUGUGAGCGCUGUGAGGUCAACCACUUUGGAUUUGGACCUGAAGGCUGCAAACCUUGUGACUGUCAUCCUGAGGGGUCCCUUUCACUGCAGUGCAAAGAUGAUGGUCGCUGUGAAUGCAGAGAAGGUUUUGUGGGUAAUCGCUGUGACCAGUGUGAAGAGAACUAUUUCUACAAUCGAUCUUGGCCUGGUUGCCAGGAGUGUCCAGCUUGUUACCGGCUGGUGAAGGAUAAAGCUGCUGAACAUCGAGUGAAGCUCCAAGAAUUGGAGAGUCUCAUAGCCAACCUUGGAACUGGGGAUGAGAUGGUAACAGAUCAAGCCUUUGAGGACAGACUGAAGGAAGCAGAAAGAGAGGUGAUGGACCUCCUUCGUGAGGCUCAGGAUGUCAAAGAUGUAGACCAGAAUUUGUUAGAUCGCCUUCAGAGAGUGAAUAACACUCUGCAUAGCCAAAUUAGCCGAUUGCAGAAUAUCCGGAAUACCAUUGAAGAGACGGGGAACUUGGCCGAACAAGCACGUUCCCGAGUGGAGAGCACAGAGCAGCUGAUUGAGAUUGCCGCCAGAGAGCUCGAGAAAGCAAAAAUCGCUGCUGCCAAUGUGUCAAUCACGCAGCCUGAGUUUACAGGAGAACCAAACAACAUGACUCUUCUGGCGGAAGAGGCCCGGAAGCUGGCCGAACGUCAUAAACAAGAAGCUGAUGAUAUUGUACGUGUGGCAAAGACAGCCAAUGAUACGUCAGCUGAGGCAUAUAAUCUCCUGUUGAGGACGCUGGCAGGAGAAAAUCAAACAGCACUUGAGAUUGAAGAGCUUAAUAGGAAGUAUGAACAAGCCAAGAACAUCUCCCAGGAUCUGGAGAAGCAGGCUGCCCGAGUCCAUGACGAAGCCAAGAGGGCAGGUGACAAAGCUGUAGAGAUCUAUGCUAGUGUGGCUCAGCUGACCCCCGUGGACUCAGAAGCAUUAGAGAAUGAAGCGAAUAAAAUCAAGAAGGAAGCUGCAGAUCUGGACCGUCUCAUUGACCAGAAGUUGAAGGAUUAUGAAGACCUCAGAGAAGACAUGAGAGGGAAGGAACAUGAAGUCAAGAACCUUCUGGAGAAAGGAAUAGCUGAACAGCAGACUGCUGACCAACUCCUAGCCCGAGCUGAUGCUGCAAAGGCUCUUGCUGAAGACGCUGCUAAGAAGGGGCGCAAUACUUUACAAGAAGCUAACGAUAUCCUCAACAACCUGAAAGAUUUUGAUAGACGUGUGAAUGACAACAAGACAGCUGCAGAGGAAGCGCUAAGGAGGAUCCCCGCCAUCAGCCACACCAUAGCUGAAGCCAAUGAAAAGACCCGGGAGGCGCAGCUGGCUCUUGGCAACGCAGCCGCCGAUGCCACAGAGGCCAAGAACAAGGCCCACGAGGCCGAGAGGAUCGCCAGUGCUGUCCAGAAGAAUGCUACCAGCACCAAAGCAGAUGCUGAAAGGACUUUCGCAGAAGUUACAGGUCUGGAUAAUGAGGUGAACAGCAUGCUGAGGCAGCUGGAGGAAGCAGAAAGUGAGCUGAAAAGAAAACAAAAUGAUGCCGACCAGGACAUGAUGAUGGCGGGGAUGGCUUCACAGGCUGCUCAGGAAGCCAAUCUCAAUGCCAGAAAAGCCAAAAACUCUGUUAACAGCCUCCUCAACCAGAUUAAUGUCCUCUUGGAGCAGCUAGGGCAGCUGGACACAGUGGACCUGAAUAAGCUAAACGAGAUUGAAGGUACCCUAAACCGAGCCAAAGAUGAAAUGAAGGUCAGCGAUCUCGACAGGAAGGUGUCUGACCUGGAAAACGAAGCCAGGAAGCAGGAGGCUGCCAUCAUGGACUAUAACCGAGAUAUUGAGGAAAUCAUGAAGGACAUUCACAACCUGGAGGACAUCAAGAAAACUCUACCGUCCGGCUGCUUCAACACCCCGUCCAUUGAGAAGCCCUAGUGACAGAAGGGCUGGAAGGCAGUAACCCCUAACAGGGGAGCACUUGUGAGGCCACAGCGUGCCUUGACACAAAGAUUACAUUUUUCAGACCCCCACUUCUCUGCUGCUCUCCAUCACUGUCCUUUUGAACCAAAAAAAAAAAAAAAAAAAAAAAAAAAAUAGUCACAGAGUUAAAGAGAAGCAAAUUAAACAUCCUGAACCAGGAACAAAGGGUUUCACCUAAUAAAAUCUCUCUUCUCUUGCCACCUUACCUGAGCUUUCCCUCCCUCGUUUGCUGGAGGACAUGGCAUCCUCCAGUGGCCCAAACACAUCAUAUGACCCUCUCUGGCAUCGACACCAGCAGAACCUCCUCAGUCUCAGCACUGUUGUUUCUAUGAAGGAAAUGUUUGGCUCCUGGUCAAUGGGUAGCAUUGAGAUGGCCUAUGUACCCAGUCUGUGGAUAAGGAGAAUGCAUCUGCAUCUUCUGCCCUCCAGCUUCCAAGCAAAAGGAAAGUAACACCCUGUACGAGAGGUACUUACUGGUCGUUUCAAACGUUAGUAGCCACCCAUCAGUCAUGCUGGCUGUGUGGAGUAGGACGCCGAGCCGUCCCUGAGUAAGGAUGCGGCAACUUCUGAGGCCCCAGGAGCAUGUGGCUGAAAGAGGCUGACGUUCUUUUCUAUCAGUACUUAUAUCUAGGAAGAUAAACUUUGUCCAAACCCUUAGGCAGCUGAUAAGUCUGAAUGGGCAGCUUGUACUCACCACUAGACCAGCAGACAUCUUUUGACUUUCUUACAGAUGGGCUGUAUACAGCAGAAACAGGGAUAGGAUAACCACUAAAGAUUUUUCAAAGCUCAUUUUUAGCGCUUCAUUAGUAUGUUAGUCUUAGAAGUAGUGUUAAGAUGUCUGUCAGAGAACAGUUGAUCCCUAAGAUCCUGACCAACAAAUGGACCUUCUUGUCCCAGCCUUCUAGAAAAGGCAUGAAGCUGAGAUGUGACAUGGAGUGUCAGGAUCUCCUAUGUGCAUUUUUCCCCUCUGCUGGAGAGAGAUGAAAGUUUGACCCUUAGCUCCAGUUUUCUUCUGAUGUUUCCUUUUUUUUUUUCUUUUCUGGAACUUCCUCAAAAUACAUUAUUGUUUGCCAGAUCCUGGUGGCAAAUGCUUGCACUCAGUAUUUCACACAGCUGCCAACACCAUCUAGUUCCUGCACUUUGUGAUUCAACCCACUCUUAAGGCUUUCCUCGACAUGGAGACGGAAGGACCUUAUGUGGAGUUCCCUAGUGGGCUUCUCAACCUUUGAUCCUCAGCUCUGUGGUUUUCGUUUAAGACCACAGUGACAUUUCCCUGCCACACACCCCUUCCUCCUACCAACUUGCCUAUGAGAUUCACAUAUAGCCUUUAACACUAUGCAAUUUUGUACUUUGCGCAAAGGGGGAAAGAAACUAUUAUCUGACACACUGGUGCUAUUAAUUAUUUCAAAUUUAUAUUUUUGUGUGAAUGGGGUUUUUUGUUUAUCAUGAUUAUAGAGUAAGGAAUUUAUGUAAAUAUGCCUGGUCCUCUUUCUAGAAUGGCACUGCACUGUCUGUCCUCUACUUUGCUCAUUUUUUUUCUCUCACCCAGCCCGCACAGUGUACCCAUAUACCUCCUUCCCUUUCAGCUAGAAGUUUUGGAUUGUGCCUGUUCCCCAGAACUUUGCUCUGACUGCCUCGUGUUUGCAGCAUCCCCACUCUCUGACCUUCAUAUCACCCUGCUUUCCUCUGAAGCCAGACUGAAGAGGUAACUCGGCCCUCUUCACUAUAGCCUGGCAGCCCAGGCUGUGGCUGUGACGCGACAUUGUCCUUCAUACUUGCCCGAGAGCACAGGGCCAGGCUGGCCUUAGGAAAACUUGCUGACGCGGAUCUUCCAACGCUUUCUAGAAACAUUCUCUGUGGCAUACAGUUCCUUGCACUGGAUGCUCAGCUUGUAAGGAGUGAGUGCAUGAAGACUGAGUGCCUUAAGGCAUUUGCCUAGGUGGCGGGGUAGAGAGGACCAGAGCCCAGCUCCUGCUCCCCUUUCCUGUUUCCCUCUCCCUGGGCGCACAGAGGGUACCACAAAAGCUUGGCUCGGCACCCUGAAGCUUCCGCUCUUGCUACUACUCCCUGACCGCUGCUUCCCUUGCAGGAGUCGUGGCUCUUCCUUGCCAGGUUCUCGCCUCAGUGCUGACCAGCUGAUUCCUCUUACUAAGUGGCCACCAUCUAGAUACACAUCCUGGUCACAGUUGCAGGAACAGGGGCUACAAAUAGCCUGCCGAGGUCACUGGGGUCAGGUUAACUUCAAGUCCCGGGUCACGGCAGGGCUUGUGCUUGGGUUUGUUGGGUUUUUCUUCUCCAUCUACGUGGUAUAUUUUUAAAAACAGAAUUUUAUUUUUAAAGUGAAACUUACCAGACAAUAUCAUAUCUACACUCCUGCAGUAUAGCCAUUAUCUUAUUGUAUAGUCCAGUUGUCUGUAUUUUAUGUAACAAGUGGCAGGAUGGCUGCUGCAGAAUGCUGGGUGUCACAGGGAAUCUGUUCUGUUACUUUUCCCCCUGGAAUUUUGCCCUUUGAUUCAGACUGUGGCCCUUUUAAAUGUGCCUUCACCCCAGCUGUUUGCCUUGAUCUCUGUGGUCUGCUCUCCAGGGUGGCUGAUAAAGCGCAACACUUGGCAUUUUUUUUAUGUUUAAAAAAAAACAGUAUUUUAUUUAUAAUAAAAUCUGAAUAUUUGUAACCCUUUA